AUGUCACCAGCCCGUCUAGCGCUUGAGUCGAACUUUGAGGUCAAGGAGAUGACGAAGAACAUAGAUGAGAAAUACAACUUUGGUGCAGUAGUUGAAGAACUCGAUCUUGGAAACAUCAGUGAUGCCGAAGUGAAAGCUUUAUCCGAAGCUAUCUGGAUACACAAGCUUGUAGUCGUAAAGGGUCAGAAAAACCUCACACCUAUCAAGCAGUGGGAGCUCGUUACUAGAUUCGACCCCAAAGCUCCACAAUUCCACUCUCACGGUGACGUAAAAACGUUUAGCAAACAGGGUGGACUUCUAUCGAAAGGAAGAGAUGUCUUGGGCAUACCCGGUGCGGAGAAUGUCCGUCUAAUCGGCAAGGGCUACCAAGGAGAAGACCAUUACGGGCUUAAAGAUGUUACACUCAAGAAAGGUAUUCUUCACGUAUGGCACGUUAACGUUCCUACAAACGAAGAAUACGAAGCUGGUCAUACCCGUUUCCAACGCUGGCACAUCGACGCACCCCUCUACGCCCGCGACCCAGCCUGGUUCACAACGCUCCGUUGCAUCAAACGGCCCACAGCCCCAGCCCUAACCAUCCACUGGGACGACGGCAGCGGCCAAACCAUGGAAACGGAACCCGGUCUCACCGCUUUCAUAAGCAACGUACAAACCUACGACAUGAUGACCCCAGAAGAGAAGAACCUCGCAGACCACUCCUGGGUCGAGUACGCCCCGUACCCCUACCAAUGGAUGAGCGACUGCAAAGGCCACCCCAACGGCCUCGGCGUGGUAAGUCAAGGCAAAGAAAAACACCUCGCAGACCUCCCACCUUAUGACGAAAAAAACAUAAAACGCUGCCCAAUGGUCUGGCUCAACCCCCUUACCCACGAACGCGCCUUCAUGGUCCACGGCAUCUGCGUGCGCCGCGCCUUUUUCCGCUCCAGCCCGCACGGAGAAUCGACUGUAGUCGACGACGUGGCUGCAAUACGUGACUGGCUGAGACCAAUCCAGGAGCGCGUAUUGAAACCUGAGUAUGUGCUGUUGCCAAGGGUGGAGGAAGGGGAUGUGGUUAUGUGGGCGAAUUAUCAGCUUUUCCACUCGGCGGUGGACUAUCCGGAUCAUUGGGGGGCAAGGUGUAUGCACCAGGCUAAUAUUGGGGCGAGUGAGGGACCGAAGGGGCCGGUGCCAGUUCCGGACGUUGCAUGA